AUGGACAUAGACAAGUCAGUAGUUACAAUGGAAGCGGAGCAAAGCAAUGGUAGUGGCGGAGGCUUAUUUGUUCCUAAAAAGGAGAAACUCGAAUUUCGACCUCCUGAAAGAAAAUCACUUUUAGGUUUAGAUGCACUUGCGAUUGCAAAACGAGGAGGAUCUGAUGCAAAUGGAGGAUUUAAGGUUCCAAAGGAAAGAGUUACAACUUCUGUUAUGGCGUCGAUUGGUGAAGAGGAAGAGACUGAAUCUUCUGGACUAGAUGAAGUAGGAAAUGACGUUGGAAGUGAGAGUGGUGCACGCAGAAAUGUAAAUAGGCGGUAUCGCGAAACCUCUGCGAGCGAGAAAAGUGUUGUGACUCGAGAGGGAUCGGUUAGUGAAACGAAACGGACUCCUCGUUCUAGAGAAAAUUUGUCUUUAGAUGAUCGUGCUGCUUAUACUGGAAGUUCUGGGAGUGUUCGGUCCAGGAGUCCUAGGAGUGAGAGAGAUGAUCGGGGUAGGGAUAGAAGAGGCCUUAAGGAUGAUGCUAGGGAUGAAAGCAGGAGGGGGAGAGACAGGCACAGCAGCGAUCGUGAAGAGCGGUACCAUGGAAGGGAAGCACGGGGAUGGUAUGAACAAGAGUAUGAUGGAGACUAUGGAAGAAAACGAAGUCGGCAUGAAGGAUCAAGGAGGACACCGGGCAGGUCUGAUUGGGAUGAUGGAAGAUGGGAAUGGGAAGAAUCACCUCGGCGGGACAGUUACUCUACUACUGGCCGGCGCCACCAACCUUCCCCAUCGCCAAUGUUUGUUGGUGCCUCACCUGAUGCACGAUUAGUUUCCCCAUGGAUGGGUGGCCAAACACCCCGCACUAGUGGUUCCGCUGCUUCUCCCUGGGAUCACAUUUCUCCCUCACCAGUUCCAAUACGUGCUUCUGGAUCUUCAAUUAGGUCUUCCACUUCUAAACAUGGUGGGAGGUCCCAUCAACUUACUUUCUCCACCACAAGUGCACCAUCAUUUGAGGAUAGUGAAGGAGAUAACUCUUAUUCAUCUGAAGAGCACAAUCAUGAGAUUACUGAAAGCAUGCAUCAAGAGAUGGAAUACAAUUCGGACAGAGCCUGGUAUGAUAGAGAAGAAGGCAAUACAAUGUUCGAUGCUGAUACCUCAUCAUUCUUCCUUGGGGAUGAUGCCUCAUUCCAGAAAAAGGAGGCAGAGUUGGCCAAAAGACUGGUUCGAAGAGAUGGAACUAAAAUGUCACUUGCUCAAAGCAAAAAGUUAUCUCAGCUUAGUGCUGAUAAUGCCCAAUGGGAGGAUCGGCAACUUAUGAGAUCUGGGACAGUGAGAGGUACCGAAGUGCAGACCGAGUUUGAUGAUGAGGAAGAGCACAAGCCUCCUUUCCUGGAUGGAAGAGUUGUUUUUACAAAACAAGCGGAGCCAAUAAUGCCCUUAAAAGAUCCCACCUCAGAUAUGGCGAUUAUUUCAAGGAAGGGAUCUGCUCUGGUCAGAGAAACUCAUGAGAAGCAAAGCAUGAAUAAAUCACGCCAGCGGUUUUGGGAGCUUGCAGGCUCAAAACUCGGAGAUAUUCUGGGUGUAGAGAAAACUGCUGAACAGAUUGAUGCCGAUACUGCAGCUGUGGGCGAGGAAGGUGAGAUUGAUUUUAAGGAAGAUGCAAAAUUUGCACAGCAUAUGAAGAAGGGGGAAGCUGUAAGUGAUUUUGCAAUGUCAAAAACCCUCGCAGAGCAGCGGCAAUAUCUACCCAUAUAUUCAGUGCGAGAUGAGUUGUUGCAGUACAUGACUGAUGGAGUACUCUUGCGUGAGACACUGAAAGAUUCUGAACUUGAUAAGUAUCGUGUCAUUGUCAUGGAUGAAGCACACGAGAGAUCAUUAAGCACAGAUGUGUUGUUUGGGAUUCUGAAGAAGGUGGUUGCCCAGCGUCGUGACUUCAAGCUCAUUUGGAAAGAGCACCAGUAUCGGGGAGAUUGGUGUAAUGAUCAUUUUUUGCAUGUCAAAGGAUUAAGAAAGGCUAGAGAGGUUAGAUCCCAGCUGCUAGAUAUUCUCAAGACAUUAAAAAUUCCGCUAACAUCUUGUGGGUAUGAUUGGGACAUAGUACGAAAAGCCAUUUGUUCUGCAUAUUUCCACAAUUCGGCAAGAUUAAAGGGUGUUGGGGAGUAUGUUAAUUGCCGGAAUGGAAUGCCUUGUCAUUUACAUCCAAGCAGUGCUCUUUAUGGUUUAGAUACAUCAAUGUUGGAGCACAAGAGAAAACAGAAAGAAGAAAAAACAGCAAUGGAAGAGGAAAUGGAGAAUUUGAGGAAGGUGCAAGCUGAGACCGAGAGAGACAGCAAGGAGAAGGAAAGAGAGCGGAGGACAAAGCAGCAGCAACAAGUCUCAAUGCCUGGGUUGAAGAAAGGCUCUUCCACUUACUUGAGACCAAAGAAGAUUGGUUUGUAA